CAUCAUCUCCAACAAACAAAACGUCAAUUUUUUUUCUCUCUCUUGUUUCUCUCUCUACCUCCGCACGCACACAGUGACUCAGUCCACUCAGCCUCUCUCUCUUUCGCCUAAAAAUAAAAUCUUUACCAAAACCCCAUCUUCUUCACAGUAGAAAAAGCUUCCCCAAAUCCCUUUUCUUCUCACUUCAAUUUCUCCAACCCUAACCCCCAAAUCGUCUUCAGAUGGGCGGAAAUGGAAAGCUCCGCCGCUGGAGAAUCUCCUUCCACAGAUCUUCUUCCGCCAGUAAAGAGCCGCCGCCGGAGUUCCUCUGCCCGAUUUCCAACUCCCUGAUGUUCGAUCCCGCCGUCGUUUCCUCCGGCCAGACGUUCGAGCGCGUGUGCUUGAACGUCUGCCGAGAUUUACGCUUCACCCCAACCCUCGCCGACGGCUCGACUCCCGAUUUCUCGAACGUGAUACCUAAUAUAGCGCUCAAGGCCGCCAUUCUCAACUGGUGCUCCAAAUCCGGGUCGGACCCCCCGAACCCGCCCCUGUAUUCCGAUAUCGAAUCAGCCGUUCGCUCUCUCAGGGGCUUCUCCGAGAAUCGAGAAACUUCGAAUUCGGAAAGGGAUUUGCUGAAGUCCGUCGCUGAAAACCCUCAGAUUUUGUUCUCGCAUUCUGCGACGGAAUUGAACCAACGGAAUUCGUACAACUCUUCCUCCAGCUCCGAAGAAUCCGUCAUCGCCAACACGAUGACGAUGACGCCGCUUCUGCCGUUUGCCACCCGGCCCUCUUGCUUUUCGUACUCCUCUUCCCCGUCGACUUCGUCGGAGUUUAUAAACUCCGACGAGGCUUCGUCGAACAAUGCGUCGUCUAGUUCGUCAGGAGAAGACGAGAUUUUCGUCGCUAAAAUGAAAAGUCUAGAUAUUUACGAGCAAGAGCAAGCCGUGAUUUUGUUGAGGAAGACGACGAGAGCCAACGAGGAGGUGAGAACGGUGCUUUGCUCGGAGAAACUUUUGUUUGCUCUGAAGCAGUUGCUUGGUUCGCGAUACGACGCCGUUCAGACCAACGCCGCGGCGGCGCUGGUUAAUUUAUCACUUGAGAAGGGUAAUAAGGUUAAAAUUGUGAGAGCCGGAGUUGUUCCGGCGCUGAUCGACGUUCUGAAGAACGGGUUCGAGGAGUCACGGGAGCACGCCGCCGGCGCGAUUUUCAGCCUGGCGCUGGAGGACGAGAACAAGACGGCCAUCGGCGUGCUCGGCGCGCUGCCGCCGCUCCUUCACGAGCUGAGAUCCGGGACGCGGCGGAGCCGCCGCGACGCCUCACUGGCGCUGUACCACCUGACGCUGGUGGGGAGCAACCGGGCGAAGAUGGUGAAGCUCGGAGCCGCCGGAGCUCUGCUGGGGAUGCUGAAGGACCCCGAGGUGGCGGCGCGUGUGGUGCUGGUGGUGUGCAACCUGGCGGCGUGCGACGAGGGCCGGGCGGCGCUGCUGGACGCGAACGCCGUUCAGUGCUUGGUGGAGGCGCUGAGGGAUGGGGCCGAGUUGGACUCCGAGUCGACUCGGGAAAACUGUGUGGCGGCGCUGCACUCGUUGAGUCAUGGGAGCUUGAGGUUCAAAGGACUGGCGAGGGAUGCUGGGGCGGCGGGGGUGCUCCGGGAGGUGGCGGAGAGUGGCGGCGAUCGGGCGAGGGAGAAGGCGAGGAGGAUUCUGGAGGGGCUGAGGGGGCCGGAGGAGGGGGAGGAGGGAGAUGAGGUAGAUUGGGAAGCAGUGAUGAAAGGUGGAGUGACUCGGGGGAGGUACCGAGUUGGGAUGAGUCAUGCUCCUAACUCGACCGAGUUCUGAGCUAAGAUGGGUAUUAAAAAAAAUCUAAAAUGUAAUUAAUUAAUUAAUUAAUAUUAAAAUUUAUUGGUAAUUUUGUUGGAGCUUGUCAAUAUCUCUAAUGGUUAGCUUUUUUUCUUUUUAAUUUUUAAAUAUUUUUUAUCAUCUUUAUUUUUUGGAUUGGGGCCAAACAUCUUUGUUUCUUGUAGGAGAAAUAAAUUUUUAAUACUUUUAAUUUAGGAUUAUGAUAGUGAAUGUUAUAAUAUUGUAAAUGAAUAUAAUUAUGUAUAUAGUUGAAGAAUUCAAGUUGACUUUUUUUUCUG